AUGGAUACUACCCAUUUUGGAACUACAUAUUCUGACAUUAGUCAUACCCCGACAACAGAGGAAUGUUUCGUUGGUGGGAUAUUGUUUGCCCUUGACAUUAAAGGGAAAAAACUUGGUUGUUCUAUUUUAGAGUGUUCCAGUAAAAUAUUGAAAGUGCUGGAUCAUGACUAUCAACUUUCUAUUUCUACUAAUUAUAGGGAGCAACUUAAUGGGAAUAUAUCAAGUUAUAGAUAUGUCGAUGAAAUAAAUAACCUUGUGGAACUAUUUUUUAUUCAGUAUAGACCAACAGUCUUUAUUGUCUCGAGUAGAAUGAAUCCUGAUAGUCUGUUGUAUAUUGAAAAACAAUGCCGGGAAACAAAUUGCACCUUACAACUGGAGCCUAAUGAAUUAUUCAACCACAAGGAAAAAUUAAAUUUUGGAGAUUCAAAUUUAAAUGCAGAUGGUGGUACUCUAGUAAAAUUGUUACAAAAUUGUGAUGAAACUUUACUUGUGACUAUAUCAACGGUAACAGCUAUACUGAAUUAUUUAAAUAAGAAUUCAAAUAAUAAUGAAAGUAUUAAUUCAUCUGGGAAUUGGGUAAAUUUGCAGAAUUUAGCCCAAAAGAAAAUAAUUCAAUACGUAGAUGCUCUCUCUUUAAGUGAUCGAAUGCUGUUGGAUUCUAACACAAUAUCAGCUCUGAAUAUUCUACCUCCAAUAAAAUAUGGCCAGGAUAAAAUGAUUGAAAAUGGAAGCUUUAGUAUUUUUCAACUCUUUGAUAGGACAAGUUCUACUUUAGCAAAACAUUUGUUAAAAAAUUGGUUACUUUUCCCUUUAACAAAUAUAAAUGAUAUAAAAGCAAGAUCGGAUAUUGUAAAACUGUUUGUACAACCUACUAACUCGAUAUUGUUUGAUGAUUUAAAAACAAAGCUGACAAAAUGUCACAAUAUGUAUAGUGUAUUCUAUUCACUAAGAGAUGGUAAUACUACUUACAGGACUUGGUUAUAUUUACAUGAUUUUUUAUCUAAAGGUAUUGAGAUUUUGUAUCUUCUCUCUUCCUUUUCUUUACAAAAUAUUGAGUCAUCUAACGUUGUGACUCAAAUGUUACAUAUUAUUAAUAUUAAAGAUAUUCGGAAUAUGAAGGCAAAAAUUGAAUCUGUUAUCAAUAUAGAGGAAACGUCAGAAACUAAAAAUAUGGUGUUAAUUCAAGGUCUUGAUGAUAAUCUGGAUAAAUAUCACCAGGAAUUUCGUGAUAUCGAAUUAAUAUUAGAAGACAAAGCAUUUGAAGAAGAACAAAACAUAAAAAAUUAUUUAUCUGGAUUAUAUCACAAAAAAAAUAAUCUGUCCGAAAGAUUCUUAAACAUCAUAUAUAUUCCCCAGAUGGGCUACUUAGCUGCUCUCCCAAAGGUGUUCCCUUUCCAAGAGAUAUUAUCAAGUCAGUUUAAGUGGCACUUAACAUUUGACACAUCUACAACCCUCUAUUUUACAACAUCAUUUACACAAGAGUUAGAUGAAUCAUAUGGAGAUGUUUAUUCUUUUAUUUUAGAUCUGGAAGUUGAAAUUAUUCACGAACUUCAGGAAUACAUUUUGAGUUACGAAAAGGAUGUUCUUUAUUUUUAUAGAAAGAUAGCUGAAUUAGACAUUCUUUCUUCUUUUGCAACAACUGCACAAUUAUUUUCUUAUACAGAACCAAUCCUUACAGAAGAUAACUGUUGUAUAAAUAUCAUAGAAGGUAGGCACCCACUUUAUGAAUCAAUCGUCGAAUCGUAUAUCCCAAAUUCUUUAGAACUAAUUGGUGGAAAUUUUAAAAAUACCUGUUGGCAAGAUAAUGAGAACCAAAGAAUAGUAUUAUUAAGUGGUGCAAAUGGGUCCGGAAAAACCGUAUUUUUGACACAAAUAGGACUUAUAGUAUAUUUAGCGCAUAUUGGUAGCUUUGUUCCUGCUACUCGUACAGAAAUAGGUAUUACUGAUAGAAUAUUUACAAGAAUUCAUUCUAAAGAAAGUUUACUGGUUAAUAGAAGUUCUUUUGAAAAUGACACAAUGCAAAUGAGUUCCUGUAUGUCGCUUUGUACAGAGAAAUCAUUACUACUUAUUGAUGAAUUUGGGAAGGGGACAGAUUCCAUUGAUGGACCUGCUCUGUUUGGUUCAAUUAUUAAAUAUUUUUCUGAAAGUACUGCAUGUCCAAGAGUAGUAGCCUGUACCCAUUUUUCAGAAUUAUUUCAGAAGGAUGUACUAUCAACAGACAUACGAGGUGUUCAAUUUUUACAAACUGAAGUCUUUAUUAGCAACGAGACGAAAACAAAAAUUGAUCAAGACUAUUCUUUUAAUCAACAAAAUAAUGUUAACAUAUUUUUGUAUUCGAUAGCUCCUGGGUUAUCAACAGACUCACUUGGAAUACUUUGCGCUAAAGUCUGUGGAAUGAAAGAAACAAUAAUUAAGAGAGCAUCCGAACUUAGUAGAAUAAUGAAGAAUGGUGAAAAUAUUACCCAGUACUGCAGCACAUUAAUGAAUGAGGAAAUUGAAGCCUUUGAGAGAGAUCAGCAAGUCAUUAAGGAAUUUCUUGCCUGGGAUUUAGAUUUGGAGUUCACUACCUCUGAAUACGGCUUACUUAAAAAGUUGAAAGCUAUAUUGAAAGGGCAUAAAGUACAAAGAGAUCUUUUCCAGGCACAAUGA